AAACUCGAAAAGUCAGCCCGAGCCCUAAAUCCCAACCCUCCAGAGCAAACCUGGCAGCGAACAGGUCCCUCCCUCUCUCUCCCGCUUCCUUCGAUAGCUUGACUGGUUCUCUCGCCUUUUGCUUCAACCCUUACUUCUCCUCUCUCUCCUCAACAUGAAGCUCGUCAGGUUUUUGAUGAAGUUGAACAAUGAAACGGUGUCGAUUGAGCUCAAGAACGGAACCGUUGUUCACGGCACCAUCACAGGUGUGGAUAUCAGUAUGAACACCCAUCUGAAAACAGUGAAACUUACAUUAAAGGGGAAAAAUCCAGUGACUAUGGAUCACCUUAGUGUGAGGGGUAACAAUAUUCGCUAUUAUAUCCUGCCUGACAGCAUAAAUCUCGAGACAUUGCUGGUUGAAGAAACACCCAGGGUGAAACCCAAGAAGCCAACAGCUGGGAGGCCUUUGGGACGUGGUCGGGGUCGUGGGCGUGGACGUGGACGCGGUCGAGGCCGUUAAAUAUGUUGCCCUGCUUCCAAAUUUUUGUGACAGCUGGAUGUGUCGACAUCUUUGUAGUAGGGAGAAUUUGUGGGUGAUGUUACGAAUAUUAAAGGAAUUGUAUUGGAACUAUUCUGUGUGAUAAUUAGCCUGGGUUUGGUAGUUUAAUGAUGAAUCCUGAGAUUCCUGACAUUGGAUGAUUUGAUCUAUAAAGCUAAUAGCUGAACCGAUAA